GGCAGGCUUAUUGUCAUACAGCAGUUUGGCUCAAGUGCUUCGCUGGGCUAUGGCCAGUUUUAAACCGUGUUACAGGACGAUAAAUCACUUUGUUUGAAAUUAAAUGUAUGCAUGUUUGGCAGAAAAGUCCAUUUCAGAUGGUAAUACCCCUCAACAACAUUUUUUCUUUCUUGUGGGUUGAGUUCUCUGUACUGGACGUGAACAUAUAUCCUGUCUGCUUUAAAACUACAGUGGUCAUGAAAAGACACAUAGGGCUUACUUUAAUGCAGAUGGAUAGUUGGGUUCAUUAGCGUUGGGACAGUAGUAGCCUGACCCUGGUUAUUGAGAGCUGAUGUAUGUAUGAUCAGUAUCAGGACAGCUGUGGCUAAGUCAUAUAAUAUGGAUGACGAUUUGUUGUGCUGAUAUUAAGUAUAACAGGACUACUUCAUGUGAAAUAUAUAUGCAAAACCUGAUAAUUGUUUCGCUAACCAACACCAACACAGUUUCACAGUUCCACAAAUUGACUGCCUGUUUCUGAAAAAUGUACAGAACUUUAACAUUUGUGAGAAUGUUGAUGUGUUUCUGCAGAUUAGAUGAUUCAAAUAAAUAAUGUAAUGUAAAAGUCAGUGGGCUGCUGCUCUGUGUGAUACUGAGGUACCUGUUCAUUGUUUCAUCUGAAGCAGAGUGAUCCCAAAGUCAAAAGUCUCAGUGUUGUUAUUCUGUUUAUCAAGAUACACAAUGAAUAUUUGACUCUUUUAAUUGUAGCCUGUCUCUUUUCCAAUCAUGUUUUCUCUCUCUUUGCUGUUCAGUUGCUGAAUGUUCAGAGGGACAGCAAUUCCUCACGAUGCUGUAUACUUUGGCAGGAGGAGGCACACUCUGCGGUGUGGCUGCCCUUGUGCUUCUCAUCGUCUCCACAGCAACAGACUUCUGGAUGCAGUAUCGAUACUCGGGUAGCUCAGCUAACCAGGGGCUUUGGAGGUUUUGUAUCAAUCACAAAUGCCACGCCCACACUAUCACAGUAGGUGAGUCCUUCAGUGGGGAACACUUCAACCAGAUUUUCUGGACUUUUUUUUGCUGGGGUACUAAAUUAGAUCAUUUUUCAUACAACAGAUAAUAUAUUAUGUAUACUUUUUAUCAGGUUUAUACCAAAAAAAAGUUAUGAGUGUGACUAAAAGGGUUCAGAGAGAAAAAAUUCAGUAAAACAAACCAAAUGCAAAAAAAAAGAGAGAAAGUUUCAUGAACAUUAAUUUGCCUCUAAAGCGAAAUAAAAAUACAUCUGACACAAUCUAUGUCUCUGCCCCGGCUCCUAAUGUCCAGCUUUCUGGGAUGCCACUCGAGCCUUCAUGCUGCUGGCUGUGCUGAGCUGCUUUGCAGGGGUGGUGCUUGGCCUGAGCGCGUUCACUAACGGCACCAAGAACAGGAGGGUCCGCACAGGGGGCAUAGCUCUUGUCCUGUCAGGUAAAAACCCAAAGAGUUUUGCACAAACUUCCCUCUGGUUUUGUUCAGAACAGUAAGCUCAUGUAAUUGGAAUAUUAUGUUAUAUUUGAGGCAGGGUUUAGUCCACAAAACUUGUCUUGGACUUUUUGUAAUUGGCUCACAGUAGUAGAUUAUACCCAGGGUUAAAAAGCAUGGAUAAAUCCAAUGGAUCUCUGUGGAUGGGUACAAUAUUCAGCACUUUAAAUAUAAGCUUAAAAACGUACAGGUUGAAUAUUAAACUUUGCACUUUAUACCAGAGACUCUACAAUUCUUAUUCCAGUGUGAGAUCAGAUGCAGAGAAUGCACACAAAUUCAGUGAAAACAUGCAUGUUUUGAAUAUCAACCAAAUCUGUUUUCAUGAUUACUUACAUACAUUUUUGUAAUCUCUCUUUCACUCUCAGGUUUUCUUGCCCUGCUGGCUUUGGCCAUUUACACCGGAGUGACUGUCACUUUCUUUGGCAAACGCUUCCUGGACUGGCGCUUCUCCUGGUCCUACAUCAUCGGCUGGGUGGCUAUCAUUUUGGCUUUUGCAGCAGGUAUUACAGUUUUCAUACAAUCUUUGAAAAUGUGUUGAAAUUAGUUAUGCAGAAACGGCAGCUUGUUUAAGAGCAUCUGAGGGUGGUCAGGUGAUUUUAUAGCCACUCAGGGGCAUCAAUAUCAACUUCUACACUGAUAAAAUGUUCUUUUUUUAUACUUUGACAAUAAUUCAUAUUUGCAUUUGUUGUACAGAUUUCUGUGGUUCCUGACUGUCUGAGAAAUAAACACUUUUUCCUCUGUGCGUUUUUUUUCAGGUGUGUUUCAGCUCUGUGCUUACCAGCGGACCACUGCAGAACCUACUCCUUCAAACAAUCCCGACAGCUGAACGUGAGCUCAGCUAUGAGCUCGCAGACUGUUGCUAUAUAUUCCACUG